AUGGCUUCUUCUCUACCACACCCAAAGAUUGUUAAGAAACACACCAAGAAGUUCAAGCGUCAUCACUCUGACCGUUACCACAGAGUUUCUGAGAACUGGAGAAAGCAAAAGGGUAUUGACUCUGUUGUCAGAAGAAGAUUCAGAGGCAACAUCGCUGAGCCAACCAUCGGUUACGGUUCCAACAAAAAGACAAAGUUCUUGUCUCCAUCCGGUCACAAGACUUUCUUAGUUGCCAACAUCAAAGAUUUGGAAUUGUUGACCAUGCACACCAGAUCUUACGCUGCUGAAAUUGCACACAACAUUUCUUCCAAGAACAGAGUUACCAUUUUGGCUAGAGCCAAAGCUCUUGGUAUCAAAGUUACCAAUCCAAAGGGUCGUUUGGCUCUUGAAGCUUAA